CCUCUAUCUAUUCAUUCCUCCAAGGCGCCAGUGGCAUACUUUGAGGAGGCCUAUCCUCCAGCGCCCAAUAUGAAAUUCUUCAUCGAUGACCUUCCCGUUCUCUUCCCCUAUCCUCGUAUCUAUCCGGAGCAGUAUGCCUACAUGUGCGAUCUCAAAAAGACGUUGGAUGCCGGCGGACAUUGCGUUCUCGAAAUGCCAUCAGGAACGGGGAAAACCGUCUCCCUUCUCUCUCUUAUUGUCGCAUAUCAACAACAUCAACCUGAGCAGCGAAAACUCAUAUAUUGCUCCCGAACAAUGUCUGAAAUCGAAAAGGCUUUGGCGGAGUUAAAAGCUCUCAUGAAAUACCGUGCUCAACAAUUAGGGUUUGUUGAAGACUUCCGCGGCCUUGGUCUAACAAGUCGAAAGAAUUUAUGUCUUCAUCCAUCCGUGAAAAGAGAGAAGAGUGGGGCCGUUGUGGACGCUCGAUGCCGAAGUUUGACAGCAGGCUUUGUAAAAGAGAAGAAAGAAAAAGGAGGGGAUGUUGAGUUGUGUAUAUAUCAUGAGAAUCUUGACCUCCUUGAACCAAGUAAUCUUGUCCCGCCGGGCGUUUUUACACUUGACGAUAUAACCAAAUAUGGAGAACAGCAUAAACAAUGCCCCUAUUUCUCCGUUCGACGUAUGAUGCCUUUCUGUAAAGUCAUAAUAUACUCAUAUCACUAUCUUCUCGACCCAAAAAUUGCAGAGAGAGUUUCACAAGAGUUGUCCAAAGAUAGUAUCGUCGUCUUUGAUGAGGCACAUAACAUUGACAACGUUUGUAUUGAGUCUCUGAGCAUCGACUUGACUGAAGAUUCGCUACGAAAAGCAAGCCGUGGGGCAAACAAUCUUGAACGUAAAAUUGAAGAAAUGAAGAGAUCUGACGCAGAAAAGUUACAAAAUGAAUACCAAAAGUUAGUGGAGGGAUUGAGAGAAGCUGACGAAGCUCGACAAGAGGAACAAUUAAUGGCAAAUCCUGCGCUUCCAGACGAUCUGCUAAAAGAAGCGGUCCCAGGGAAUAUCCGUAGAGCGGAACACUUCGUAGCCUUUCUGAAACGAUUUAUUGAGUAUUUAAAAACUCGAAUGAAAAUCACCCACACCAUAUCCGAAACGCCACUCUCUUUCUUGGCUCACCUGAAAGAUUUGACCUCCAUUGAGCGAAAGCCACUACGGUUUUGUGCGGAACGACUAACAUCGCUCGUCCGGACGUUGGAGCUUAUGAACCUCGAAGACUACCAGCCUCUCCAGCAAGUCGCUGCUUUUGCAACCUUAGCAGCUACAUACGAGAAAGGGUUUCUCCUUAUACUUGAGCCUUUCGAAUCAGAAACAGCGACCGUUCCGAAUCCAAUACUCCAUUUCACAUGUUUGGAUGCGGCUAUUGCUAUUAAACCUGUUUUUGACAGGUUUAGUUCUGUCAUUGUCACUUCUGGGACCCUUUCUCCGCUGGAGAUGUACCCCAAGAUGCUGAAGUUUACAACGGUUCUACAAGAGUCAUAUACUAUGACCCUGGCGCGUCGGUCGUUUCUUCCUAUGGUCGUUACACGCGGCUCUGAUCAAGCCCAGAUUUCGUCCUCAUUCCAAAUCAGGAAUGAUCCGGGUGUAGUCCGGAAUUACGGAAAUCUUUUGCUAGAAUUUUCCCGUAUAACACCAGACGGGGUCGUCGUAUUCUUCCCGUCCUAUCUUUAUAUGGAAUCCAUAAUUAGCAUGUGGCAGGGGAUGGGUAUACUCGAUUUGGUCUGGAAUUACAAAUUAAUUUUGGUGGAAACUCCCGAUUCCCAGGAGUCAUCACUUGCCCUCGAAACUUACCGGACUGCAUGCUGUAAUGGUCGAGGCGCUGUCUUGCUUUGCGUCGCUCGUGGUAAAGUUUCAGAAGGCAUCGACUUUGAUCAUCACUAUGGCCGGGCCGUUAUUUGCAUCGGAGUACCUUUCCAAUAUACCGAGUCACGCAUACUCAAAGCUAGAUUGGAGUUUUUGCGCGAGAAUUACCGAAUUCGUGAAAACGAUUUUCUUUCUUUCGACGCGAUGCGUCAUGCUGCUCAGUGUCUUGGACGUGUCAUUCGUGGCAAGGAUGACUACGGAGUUAUGGUACUGGCUGACCGUCGAUUUCAGAAGAGACGCACACAGCUCCCCAAGUGGAUUAGUCAGGCCAUGCUCGAGAGCGAAACGAAUCUAAGUACCGAUAUGGCAGUGGCAACUGCCAAGAGCUUCCUCAAGACUAUGGCGCAACCAUUCAAGUCAAAAGAUCAAGAAGGGAUCUCCACCUGGAGUUUAACCGAUCUUGAAUAUCAUGUGAAGAAGCAAAGGGAGGAAGAAGACAAACGACAGAGGGGGGAGAUAGCCAAUAACCAGGUACCAUCGGAUGUUGUCAAUGGAAAUCGGAACGGAAGAGUGACUACUGUUGAUGAAUUCGACGAAAAUAUUGACCAAGAGCUUAUGAUGCUUGAUGCCUGAUGCAAAUUCGAUACCCCUUUUUCCCAUUUUAUUUGAUGCCAAAAUGUUCCUUAUGAGUCUUCAACAUCAGUUAAUGAGGAACAUACUGUUCGGUUUGCUGGCGUUAGAUGGCGUUAUACUUGGAACCAAAAGGAUGACAUUUGAGCUUGAUUUUUUCGAAUAUUAAAGAAAUCUUCUGUACACUAAAUGAUACCAAGCAUAUAGAAUAUCGUCAACUUUUCCUCGCUAAAUAUAACACGAUUCCAAACUUGG